CUUUCUCCCGGUUUUUAACUUUCGGGUUGGGGAGCAGGAAUAAAGGCGUUGUGCGUGCUUGCAGGGGCUGCGUGCUUGCGGACUUCCCGCCAGCAGCGAGCGGCCCGCCUCUCGGGCCAAGUGGGGAGCGGGCAGGCGGGCGGGCAGGUGGCCCGGGCCGGCGCGCCCGCGCCUUGGCUCUGCCCCCGGGAGCCGAGCGAGCCUCUGCUCCCUCGUGGUGUGAGGGCGGUGAUGUUUUUCCUCCCACCCACUUUUGAGUCCCCCCUCCCCCUUCGCGCGCACUGUAGCUCUCGCCACAACCUGCGAGUCCCAGACCUCGGAGGAGCGUCCCGGGGAGCUCCGAGCGCGUGCACGCGUGGCAGACGGAGGCCAGUGCCCAGCUUGAAUACAUUGCUCCUUGAAGAUUCUGAGUUACAUAUUGCAGUGACCCAAAUGAGAAAAAAGUGGAAAAUGGAAGGCAUGAAAUACAUCUUUUCCUUCCUGUUGUUCUUUCUUUUCCUAGAAGGAAGCAAAACAGAACAAGUAAAACAUUCAGAGACAUAUUGUAUGUUUCAAGACAAAAAGUACAGAGUGGGUGAGAAAUGGCAUCCUUAUCUGGAACCUUAUGGGUUGGUUUACUGCGUGAACUGCAUCUGCUCAGAGAAUGGGAAUGUGCUUUGCAGCCGAGUCAGAUGUCCAAAUCUUCAUUGCCUCUCUCCUGUGCAUAUCCCUCAUCUGUGCUGCCCUCGCUGUCCAGAAGACUCCUUACCCCCAGUGAACAGUAAGGUGACCAGCAAGUCAUGUGAGUACAAUGGGACUACUUACCAACACGGGGAGCUCUUCAUGGCUGAAGGGCUCUUCCAGAACCGGCAACCCAAUCAGUGCACCCAGUGCAGCUGUUCGGAGGGGAAUGUGUAUUGUGGUCUCAAGACUUGUCCUAAAUUAACUUGUGCAUUCCCAGUCUCGGUUCCAGAUUCCUGCUGCCGGGUAUGCAGAGGGGAUGGAGAAUUGUCGUGGGAACAUUCUGAUGGUGAUAUCUUCCGGCAACCUGCCAACAGAGAAGCAAGACAUUCUUACCACCGCCCUCACCAUGAUCCUCCACCAAACCGACAGGCUGGCAGUCUGUCUCGCUUUCCAGGGGCUAGAAGUCACCGGGGAGCUCUUAUGGAUUCCCAGCAAGGAUCAGGGACCAUCGUGCAGAUCGUCAUCAAUAACAAACACAAGCAUGGACAAGUGUGUGUUUCCAAUGGAAAGACCUAUUCUCAUGGCGAGUCCUGGCAUCCAAACCUCCGGGCAUUUGGCAUUGUGGAGUGUGUGUUAUGCACUUGUAAUGUCACCAAGCAAGAGUGUAAGAAAAUCCACUGCCCCAAUCGAUACCCCUGCAAGUAUCCUCAAAAAAUAGAUGGAAAGUGCUGCAAGGUGUGUCCAGGUAAAAAGGCAAAAGAAGAACUUCCAGGCCAAAACUUUGACAGCAAAGGCUACUUUUGUGGAGAAGAAACAAUGCCUGUGUAUGAGUCUGUGUUCAUGGAGGAUGGGGAGACUACCAGAAAAAUAGCCCUGGAGACCGAGAGACCACCUCAGGUAGAAGUCCAUGUUUGGACCAUUCGAAAGGGCAUCCUCCAGCACUUCCACAUUGAGAAGAUCUCCAAGAGGAUGUUUGAGGAGCUCCAUCACUUCAAGCUGGUGACCAGGACAACCAUGAGCCAGUGGAAGAUAUUCACUGAAGGAGAAGCUCAGAUCAGCCAGAUGUGUUCGAGUCGUGUGUGCAGAACAGAACUUGAAGAUUUGGUCAAGGUUCUGUACUUGGAGAAGUCUGAAAAGGGCCACUGUUAGGCAAGACAGACAGUAUUAGAUAGGGUCAAGCAAGACAACCCAAGCUGCAGCAGGACUGUCAGCUUAUUUUGCUUAAGUCAACAGUGCCCUAAAACCCCAAACUCAAAUGCAGUCAGUUAUUCAUGCCAUGCACAGCAUAACUUGCUCCUUUAUGUGAAGUGGUGUGUCAGACCUUAAACAUCUUUUCUAGAGAGACUCAAAGAGUCUUGAAUGAUUAGUGGGAGGAGCAGAGUUGAUCACACUGCAGCUCUAGUUUCUUGGAGAAUCACGUUUCUUUACGGGUUAAAGAGCAAACAAAACCCCAGGGUUUCUAUCUAGAAAGUUAUUCAAAUGAAAGAAAGAGAAGGGAAUUGCUUAAUAGAAGUUCUGGAGUAUAGAGCAAUUAUUUGUAUGAAAUUAUAAUCUUUGAAUCUCAGAAUGUCUUUUGUUCUUUAUAAAACCAUUACAUCCCCACACUCACAGGCAUGAACACAUACAUAUGUACAACCACAUGCACAUGAAAUUCCAGUGUCCAUUCUGAGGCAAAGCCAGCCUAGACGCUGCCCUUCUUCCCUUAGUCUGGCCCUGAAGUACCUUGAAGAGUGUUGGUACCCUUGGAGAAAAAAGAAAGAAUUGGAAGAAAAAGGCUCUGCCCUUAGGUCUUUGAGGUAGCUGCUGAAGUCACCAACAGUAGUGGCAGGGUGAAGAAUAAGAGCACUAUUCCAUGAGCUUACUCACUUUGAAGUUUUAAAUAACUUUUCCCUAAUGAUACACCCUUUUUCUUUUCAGCCUGAACAUGUGGAACCUCCAUAAAGAAACUAGAAUUAGGUAAAAUUGCCAGAAUCCAAGUCAGUAAGACAAAACAAUUGUUGAAGAAAGGAAUUGAUAAUAAUAAAGCAGGUCAUUUUUGUUUUCACAGCAAUGAAACUCACCAAUUAAUUGAGUGAUACUAAUUUUCUUGAGGCCAUAGUUGUCUAGCCAGAAAAUUGGGGUGGAGUUAUUAAGUUGUAGAAGCUCCUUACAAGGAAAGUUUUUCUUCUUCUCCAGUUACAGGAGUUUAUUUUUUACUUUGAAAAAAGGCUCAGCCCUCAUGAACUUCUGAUAAAGAUCUUUCAACUAAACUAAACCCUCCCACCAUCCUUGCCUUAUCCAUUAAGGAUAGUGGAUUUGCAUUGAGGGUUCUAGAGAAGGUUGCUCCUAAAAUGCCUAUUUAUGGCCCAAUAGCAGAACAUAAAUUAUCCAUUCUGAGAUCCAGCUUUAGAAAUCAUCUCUUUGGGAAAAAAAAUUUUAACAGCAAGGAUCUCAAGUUGUUCCUCUGGAUUUGUCUCCUCUAAGGAACAUGAAUGAACUCUAAUGAGUACUUGGAAAUAUUGAAGACCAAGAAAUUCCAUUGUUUCCUAUCCCAUGGCCAUAAGAGAGAAAAUAUGUUUUUCCUUAGUGUAUUUGACACUGGUAGGGUGAAAUAUAAAAGGUUCAGUCUUGAUGGACCUGGCGUAAGGGUCAGUUCCCAUAAGAGACACAAGGGCCUUGCAGCCAGGACUUCAUAGAACAAGCCCUUCCCAAGCCCAUCACACACAUUCCUCUCAGGAGCAGGAAGAAGGCAUCCUGGGCUGAAAUGCCCCAGACAUUGUGUGUGUCUGGUGGGGGAAGGGGUGGUUAGGCAGCUGUUGUCUCUCUCUUAGAGGUGGCAGUACUGCCAUAGCAUGGAGACCAGUAACCGGAUCCUGAAGAAAAGUGGUGAUUCCCCUUCUAGAUGAAUCACCCCAAAGCCUUCCCACCCAGGUGUUCUCUGAAAGCUCAGCCUUAAGGAAACACCCAGAGAGCUUCCCUAGAUAGACUCCUGCCUCCAGGUGCUGGGACACACCUUUCUAAAGUGCUGUGAGAAGCAGGAGCCAGGAUCUGUGUUAAGCCAACGUAGAAACCCUCCAGUAUUUGGUGUUGUGUAGGGAGUAGGACAUAGGGAAAAGAGGCCACUGUAGUUAGUAGAGAAGAAUGGAUUUGGUUCUUCUUGUGUAUUUAUUUGUAUCAUAAACCCUUGGAACAACAAAGAUCAUAAGCACCACCUUGCAGUUGUAGCCAUUUUCUAGUUAACUCAUGUAAACAAGUAAAGAGUAACAUAACAGUAUUACCCUUUCACUCUUCUCACAGGACAUGUACCUGAAUAUGGUACUUAUUUAUGUAGUCACUGUAUUUCUGGAUUUUUAAAUUAAUAAAGUUUUAAUUUUGAAAAGUCA